AUGGAAAAAAUAACAGCAUUAAUCGAAAACCUACAGAAAAAACUCGACGACCAGACAAAAGAAAUAAGGGAAAUGAAAGAUAGCAUACCAAAAACAAUAAACGACAACAUCGAUAUAAAAUUUGAAAAUUUGGAGAAGAAUAAAUACAACACUCUAGAAAAAACUCUGGAAAGCCAAGGGCACCGUAUUCAACAGCUUGAACGUAUAUCCAGGAGAAGAAAUCUGGUAUUCUUUGGAAUAGAGGAGAACGAAAAAAGUUACGAGGAAUUACAGGAUAAAUUAAUAACAAUCAUAAACGACAAUAUGCAAAUAAUCAUUAAAGAAGACAGUAUAGAAUACUUGAAACGAUUAGGAAAGCCACAGGAAGGAAAAGUUCGGCCUGUAACUGUCACAUUUAGCUCCAUGAUAAAUAAAAUUAAACUCCUGAAAAAUAAAAAAGCUCUAACAACAACACCAUACUAUAUCAAGGAAGAUUUCCCUCCGGACGUGCUAGAAGAGAGAAAAAAACUGAGUAAACAAUUGAAGGAAGAACGAGAAAAGGGAAGAACGGCGUUUAUAAAAUAUAAUAAAUUAAUAAUACUACCAGAAAACAACCAAACAAAUAGCCAGAAGAACAACAAUAAUCAUAGAAAUCAAAAUAAAAGAAAUCUUUCAGAAUCACCAGAGUACAGAGUAGACGCGUCUCAUAACACACACCGAGCUCCUGCAAUUAAGUUCCAAAAAACACGGAACUCUACUAUGGACAGUUACGUAAAAAGACACAUCAACCAUACGCCCCACACCUCUGAUGACUCUACCACUGAUACGAACGCCAUGCCACUCCCAUCUGCACCAUGA